AUGCCUCCCAUCACGAAGAUCUGGCACUGCCGUCUAAAGGAGGGCCAGUCUGCCGAGUCUCCAUCCUUCAUCCAACUUCUUUCCGAGAUUCUAGAGCACUGCUCUUCCUAUACAAACCCAGACCCGAGCUCCCCGCAGAUGCAUAUCAUGUACCAGGAUGUCAACGACCCAGCGCAACUCCUGAUGAUCACGGGCUAUCCAUCGCAGGAGCUGAACACCGAGGCGGACAUAGGCUAUGCGAAGAAGUACCUCCAUCGAUUGUUCGAGUAUGUAAAGCAUAUCUGGCUGAAACAGCUAGACUGCGACAUCGCAUCAUUGUCUCUUACAGAAUCCGUCACGGUCACCUAUGGACUGAACCCGGAGAAGUGGAAGAGUGAUGCAGGAGCAGGGGGCUGGGAUGUUUGGCCACAGACCGAGCAGGCGAAGAAGAACUUCAAUGGAGCUAGAACCCUGGGCGAACCCGUACAGUCCGAGGAUCCGAUAUGGGUGCAGGUAACAAGAACGACCGAGAACAAAAAUGAUAGCAAAUAUUCUGCGGAGGAGGGCAAUUUCCGCCUGAGAAAGGUCUUGGGGCGAUGA